AUGGCCCAGGGCGACAGAUGUACAGUCUGGAGAAGCCGCGUGAGCAAACACGCUGGCAUUGCGUGCUUCCAAGGCCGAAAAGUUGGCGUCGUCCAGAAUGGAAUAUGCUGCAGUGGCCGCCAAGUUGCCAUAGAAAAAGAUGAUGUCGGCUCGUCGCCACCAAGUAUUCUGUCGACAAACCCUUGGCGUCGGCGAAACAAAGUGUACUCCUAUGACGAAUUCAUUGAACAUUUUCGGAAAUGUCGAGAGGCUCAGAAUCUAUGGAAAUUGAGCAAUCAAGGGGUUGAUGUCUCUGAGAUCUCGGGAUUCGUCAAGCGUGCAGGUGAUUUGGCCAGGCUUUCUUCCAAUUCCGAAUGGAACGCGGGAUUUCCAUAG